AAUAGACUCAUUGUCUCUUUAUAUUAGGGUGAAUGUUCUAGUUCUAAUAAUCAGUAAUCAUUUAAUCCAAAUAGUUGUUUUAAUAACAUCUUUAUCCAAUAAUCUAGCUCUUAUUUUGGUUAUUAUUUUUAGAAUGAUACCUUCAGUUAGUAAUGUAGUCAACUUUUGUUUCUAUGCUUCGCUCUACUUAUAUUGUAGCGAGUCAGCAGUAAACGUACCAAAAAAUAACUCGAUAGCAAUAAUCUUAGCAAUGGGAGAUUCCUUCAUGGAUACAGGGAACAAUAACCACAGAAAAUCAUUGAUCAAGGCCAAUUUUCCCCCGUAUGGAAAGGAUUUUUUGGGAAGAAAAUCAACCGGAAGGUUCACUAACAAUAGAACGCUUAGCGACUAUAUUGCUGGAAAUUUAGGAGUGAAGGAGUACCUUCCAGCGUAUUUAGACCCUUCCAUACAAGACCAUGAUCUUAUUUCAGGUGUAUCUUUUGCUUCUGGUGGCUCUGGCUAUGAUAACUUAACAUCCGAAUUAGUGAAUGUCACACCAUUAUCGGUUCAGUUGGAGAUGUUCAAAGAAUACAUUGGGAAGUUUAACGAGAUUGUGGGAGAAGAAGAAGCAAACCAAAUGAUAAAAAAGGGUGUGUAUUUGGUAUCAUCAAGCUCUAACGAUUGGGCAAUAAGUUACACUGCAGUUCCAAUUAGAAGAUUACAAUAUAAUGUGGCUGGUUAUGCUUAUCUAUUAGCAAACAAUGCUAGAGUCUUUUUUGAGGAAUUAUACAAACUGGGAGCAAGGAAAAUAGUUGUCUUCGGCACACCAUAUAUUGGUUGUUUUCCACUAGCAAGAACUUUCUUGGGAGGACUUAUUACUUGUAGUAACAUGUUGAAUAAAGAAGCAGAAACCUUCAACAAAAUGUUAAAAAGUCAGCUUGAAUAUCUUCAAAGCAGUCUGCCACAAUCCACUUUUUGCUAUGUUGAUUACUUCAAUAUUUCAAGAGAGCUCAUCGUAAACCAUCUCCAAUAUGGCUUCAGAGUUGUAGAUAAGUCUUGUUGUGGAACAGGGUUGUUCGAGACAGCGGUUCUUUGUAACAAACUUAGCCCAGUAUGUCAUAAUGACUCAACAUUCUUAUUUUGGGAUAGUAUCCAUCUAACAGAUGAAGGAUAUAAACUUGUUGCAAAUCAUGCUCUCCCAGAACUAAGGAGAUGUUUGCUCUAAAUUCAUGAACUUUAUUAUGAGAGUUAGCUAGUUUGUUGGUAGAGGAACAACACCAUCUAAGCAAUGAAAAUAGAACAAGAGAGCUUUUUAAUAAUAUGUUGUGUGUUGGAUUAAAUGUCUAACGUUUUAACUAAAUUGG